ACUGUCACGGCCCGGGCAAGUGACUUUACAAUCUGAGAAGGACUAUUUACGUCUCUAGAUUUCAUACAAGUCAGGAUAUCUCCCAGGUUUGAGAGAGAAGAUCUGAUCACCUGGAAUUAAAGUUGGCACAGAAACCUUUUCAACUCCAAAAAUGUUGGAGGAAGAUAUGGAAGUGGCCAUCAAGAUGGUGGUUGUAGGGAAUGGUGCAGUUGGAAAGUCAAGUAUGAUUCAGCGGUAUUGCAAAGGCAUUUUUACAAAAGACUACAAGAAGACCAUUGGAGUUGAUUUUUUGGAGCGACAAAUCCAAGUUAAUGACGAAGACGUCAGGCUCAUGUUAUGGGAUACAGCAGGUCAGGAGGAGUUUGAUGCGAUAACCAAGGCCUACUAUCGAGGGGCCCAGGCUUGUGUGCUUGUAUUCUCUACCACAGACAGGGAAUCUUUUGAAGCUAUUUCCAGUUGGAGAGAGAAAGUGGUGGCUGAAGUUGGAGACAUACCAACUGCACUCGUUCAAAAUAAGAUCGAUCUCCUGGAUGACUCUUGUAUAAAGAACGAGGAAGCCGAGGCACUGGCAAAAAAGUUGAAGUUGAGAUUCUACAGGACUUCAGUGAAGGAGGAUCUGAACGUCAGUGAAGUUUUUAAAUAUUUGGCUGAAAAAUAUCUUCAAAAGCUUAAACAGCAAGUAACUGAGAAUCCAGAAUCAAUGCAUUCAAGUAGUAACAAAAUUGGGGUCUUUAGCACGUCUGCUGGGAGUCACUUGGGUCAGAAUUCAAGUACCCUCAAUGGUGGAGAUGUCAUUAACCUCAGGCCCAACAGACAGAGGACCAAGAAAAACCGAAAUCCUUUCAGCAGCUGUAGCAUACCCUAACAGGCCUCAGGGAGGAGGAAAUGGAAUUACAUUGUGCAGUAAGACACAUCCAGCUAUCACGGUAUGUUACACGAUUUUUCGCAGACUUUGCACCUAAUUGGCUGUCUGAAAAUUGACAGACUUAAAUGUUAUUCUGCAGUGCUUUUCAGAAUGGAGCAAGAUCUCUGAAAAAUUACUGCCCUGUGGACGCAUUUUAAUUUUUUUACAUUAGACGAAGCUUCUCCUGUUAUUGAAGGAAUGAUAUAAGAAACAUCAAAAACAGGUUUUGCUGAAUUUGAAAUGCAGAAACACAUAAAUAAAAUGCCUAAAUAUAUUGGUGUAGAUUUUAAUAUUAGGGGUCAAGGAAAGAUAGCAGGCAUUCUUUUCUGAAAUUGGUCAUUUAGCUUUCCUGGGAAAUAAUACUGACUCUGAGUACUUAAAGAAUCAUAUUGAAAGGCAAGCCCUGAUCUUACCAGACUGCAUUAGUGUGUAUUACGAUGUUACUUGUGCAAUGUCUGUAUAUGUGGAACAUGGAGGUGUGUGCACGCAGAUCCUUGGUUCUGGAGUAAAGGAAGGUAUGUGCAGUGUUUAAGGAAACAUGGAAUCUAACUUGUUCAUUCAUGAAAUCAUUUACACACUUACGUGUAUGUUCUAAGUUUUUAUUUUCAAAUGAGAAAUUCCAGAUCAAUACUUUGCAAAAUGAGGUUGAAUUUAAAAGUGCUUUGUGCCAAAAAUCUCAUACCUAAUUCUCAGUGCUUUACCAGAAUCUAUACUGUUGAUACUCUCUUUUAAAAGCAGCUUUCCUCUCUAACAGGGUAGAUGAAAGAGGAGUAUAAGUGCAUUAGUGCUAGAGCCCCUCCCAGGUGGGGUUGGUCACGGGGCCUUUUCCACAUCCCUACACGUGGGUGGCGGGCUCGAGCUGGCGGCUGCAGGACCCCCGCCCUGGGCAGCAUGGCCACCCCACACCUGGGGCCUUUUGCUGUUGAUAACACAAUUCUGAACUUUUAGGAUUAUACUAGCAAUUUUUUUAAACAUAUAAGAGGUGAUUUUUUUUUUUUGUCUUAAACCACAUUACGGAUUUUAUAAUGCCCUGCAACUCUAAAGCUUCUUUUUGUUUACACAUUUUUGUAUGUUUUUUUCAGAUUAUAAUUUUAAAAUUUCUAUAACCUUCAGUUUGUAUAGCACUUUCUCAAGAGCUCUGUCAGCACCAAAUACAAAGUAAUUUAAGUGAUUUUAAUAUGUAAUCAUGUGGCAGAGUAUCCAUUUUGUGAUUUGGACAGUAGCUUUCCAACACAGAUACAUAAUUGCAUGAACUGUACUAAAACUGGUUAUCAUUCAUCAAUGACUUGUUUUUAACCCCUUGCAACACACACCUGGUCUUUACAGGAUUUAAAAAUAUGUGAAAAUAACUUUUCUUAGAAAGUGUGUCACCAAGUCAUUUUUCAUUAUUUGUACUAAAUGCAUAAUGUUUUAUAUAUUCCUUUUGUAUGUUUUCUUUUUAAGUCUGCCAUCUGUACCAACCUCAUCCCCCUGUCCAGAUUAAUGUUGAGAACAGAAUAUAAUUUUUUAGGGCAUGUCUUUCAAUGGUCAGGAGUGAAUGUUUGCUUUUCAUAAUAUUGAAAUAAUCUGGCAUUAUCUAUUACAAAGUAAUAUAAAAUCUUUAUUUUUAUGCCACCAGUUGUCACCACUCCCACUGCUGGCAGUGGGGUAGGUGUUGGAGAAAAUCCUGUUCCUGACGUUGGGUGCCCACUGGCAAUUCAUCUUCCCUUUUCUACUCUCUGGAAAUACAGUCCCUUUAAUUUUUGCACAAAAUAUAUUUUUCAGCAAACAGUCUUUAUAGCAGAAAAAUCAUACUAUAUAAAAUGUUGUAGUUCUAUUUCACAUUAAUUAAAUGUAUGUGGGUAAAGGUUUGUUAUUUUUCUAUAUAAAAAAUGUAAUCUCUGAUGAUGGUUGGAGUUCCCUUGAUAUCUGUAAUAUAAUCUUAUGUACUUAGUUUUAUUUUUUUAAGGAGAACUGGGAUCUUUGUUACACGUUUGAAUUUUUAAUUUGCAAUUCUGUAUUUUACCUAACCAUAAUUGGUUAAUUUAAAUAAUUAAAUAGGCCCCCAAAAUCAGCCCCAAGUUACCUUCUCAGUUUGCAAAACCUUCAAAAUUGACACUAAAUUUUUUUGCCCUGAGACCUUUAAUUCUUUUAAAUAACUACUAAUUUCUGAACCGUGGCUGCUGAAGAAAUAAGGCCCCAGGACACUGCAUCUGUGCACUGAUGCGCUUUUACAUCAUGGCUGGUCCUCGGCUGCGGUGUGGUCGCCUCGUCUCAGAAUGCUCAGGAUUCCUUUUCCCCUUUCAGUCUGCCUGUUGAAUUAAGAGCAUAUAGAAUGAAGCAACAGAAUUAUAUUAAAUCAGGCUAAAUGGUUUCCUUUUUAUCUGCUCAAAGUUGACAACACUCAUGUACUUCUUCAAAACAAAGUGAAACUAACAUUACAAAGAAGAGCCCGUCCCAGCAUGGCCUGAGCGCACGCUGGUCUGGGUGUCCCCGGAGCUGGCCGUGCUGGGUAUGGGCAGGACCACCGCAGGGCCCCUCUGUGCCCAGAGUCCAGGCUGGGCUCUCCUCCGAGAUCCUGGACUCAGCUGCAGGACCUGACAUCCCAACUUAAAGACUGUCAGAUUUUUGCCUCCUUUUAAACACCUUUCAAAUAGUUGACUGGUAACUUGCUGAGGUACUCCCAUCACUAGGGUGUGUUUCUCUGGAAACAAAAUGAACUGAUCAGUGAAAACCUGUCCCACAUGCAGUCAUCUGGUGAACAAGGCAGUCCUGGGCUGAACUGGAGUGAAUGGGAAGGGGAGGAUUCACAGACGCUGACAGUCUUUGACAACCUGAGGAAAACCUGGUUGUCUGCUGAUAAAGAAAAAGAUGGAACAAAAAAUCUUUUAUGUAAUAGUGAACCUGAUGAUAGCAAAUGAGUUUGACAAAUCAAGAGACUUUGCUACAGUUAUCAGUAAGAAUUAAUGUCUCCCAUGAGAGGAGAGAUUUACGUAAGGUGGACUUGGGCUGGCAUUGAAACUACCGUGAAUGUCCUCAGAUUGUAACUGCUUUUUAUGAAAAGACAUAUAAAUCUAUAAAACCA